AACAGUCUAACACUAAAAAAAAAAAGUUUAAAAAUAGGAUAAAAGGUCCACACAGCACUUGUGCGAGUCAAAUUACAGAACGAAAAGCACACUCGGGUAGUCGUCACUUCUAAAAAAACCCCCCCAAAUUCAAAACCCUAACUAAACCUCUCACAUCCCAAAACCAUUUUCCGGCGAAUAUGCCGGCACCGGCACCACAUUCCGACGAACAAUUCUCUCUCCUCCCACUCACUCCAACUUCCUCACAACAACAACCAGUAGUUUACCCUCUUCACCACUCUCUCUCCUCCCCAAUUUCUCGCAUUGCCAUUAGCUGGUCUCGCGGAAACUCUCUCCGACUCUCUCUCCUCUCUCACCCUUCAAUCAGCACAGAACAACCAAACGAAGGCGAUGAAUCUUCUGGAGGAAGUGUAGUUGAGGUGAAGCUCGCAUCCGAAAAUGGCGGAAUUGAUGAUAAUGCGCGUUGGAGGAAGAUCGUUUAUGGCUCCGUUGCUCCGUUUGCGAUGUUUCAGAAUCGUAAGAAUUCGACAUUCGCGUUCUCGAAGGUUCCUUCUGGAGCUUUGUCAAAUGCUGACUGGUGGGAGUAUGUCAUGGAGUACAGUAAAGAGAUAAACUCACUUCUUGGUACAACAAAGUCAACAGCUAGUUUGACUUUUGAGGAUCCGGGAGAACUUCUAAUGGUAGAUGAGGAGCGAACCACUUUAAAGGCUGCAUGGGAGCUACUAGAACUUUUCUACGCAGACAAACAGUCUCAAGCUUGGCUUCCCGAACGUCUAGUUGAUUGGCUAGCUGACUAUGAUAACCUAUUCUCAGAAACUGAAUCUACGGUGUAUUCAAAACUUGUGGAUUUGCAGCAUCAUCUCAUGCACUUACAGGCAAUUGAGGAUGAUCCGAAGUACUGGGAGUGUUUGUCGUCAGCGCUAGCACUUGGCUGGUUAGAUAUUGUGGUCAAACUGCUGCGUCUACAUGGGUCUUAUCAACUUGAACAGCUUGGAAGACGUGAGACAGAAAAUGGGCUUGUCGAAGCAGUAGUUGUUCUUAUCUCGAAAAUGCCUCGUCUACGCCCUGAAUUGCAUGCUGGAAGAUUGGGGGAAUGUUACAAAAACAAGACUGAUUUCAUCAAGGGUUGGGAGACAUGGCGUGGCCGAGUUACUAAACUGGAGUGUAGUGCUUUCUGGGUUGAGUGUGGUCAUCAGCAAACCAGGGAUGGUUUGAGAAAAAUUCUACAGAUUAUGCUGGGAAACACUGAGCAUAUAUCUGCUGCAACUUGUCAUUGGGUUGAACUUUACAUAGCUCACUUUCUAUACAUCAGGCCAUUCACCGUGGGGUUAGAAAGUAUGUACAACCUAGCACAGAAAUGCAUUCAGUUGAAGCCUGUAUCUCAUCCUCAUAGCUUGAUGGGACUUCUGGCUGGAAUUCUUGGAGAAAAUACUGAGGUUGUGUUAGCAGAAUGCUCUAGAGCUUUUGGCCCAUGGAUGGUGACCCAUGCCAUAGAGUUGUUAACUGCUGGAAAUGAUCAGUCAGAAAUACUUUUGCAUGAAGUGCGCCAGAAUCUAGGAGGAGUUAGUAUUGAGGAGCUCCAUCGACUUGUCUAUGCUCAAGUUCUUGCCUCUCAUCAAUUAACUUGGCAGAUUGCUCCAGUAUACUUGACAUCAUGCAGGCCGGGAUUGGGCAUGCUUGAGAUAUUACUGUACAGGCAACCUGUUCACUUCAAGCAAGGAUUGCUCAAGAAUCUGGAGAUCUGUCGUUUGUAUGAACUAGAGACUGUCAGUUCAAACAUCAUGAAGAUUGCUGGCGUACAUCACUGGAAGCAUGGUCGAAAGGGUUCUGGGAUCUUCUGGCUUCAACAAGCUCAAGAUGAAAUUCGUCUCAACAAGAUUUCUCAGCAGUUGUUUGAUUUUGUUGGGAAAUCAAUACCUGAAGAGAGCUUCAAGCAAUGGGAAGGCUUGAUUGAAUUAUUAGGUUCUGAUACAAGAACUGCUGGGGGUCUAGAGUUUCUCCACAAGUACAGAGAUUUCAAAAAAUCACUGCAGCAAGUUGGUGAUGGGAAAGCUACUGAUGCUGCUCGACAAGCUGUGGAAUCUCUCAUUUCGCUCAUGAAGAAUCCAUCUACGCCUCAGCGGUUCUGGUUACAUCUUCUCUAUGACUCGUUAAAGCUGCUUGCAUGGCGGGAAGGUCCUCUUCUUGAUGUCUCACAGACCAAUCUACUGUUGAAUAAGCUGCAAGAGUUAUCCAUGGCAAGGCUGCGCCCUGAUUAUGUUGAAGCAGACUUGCCAUCCCAAGCCUUGAGUACUGUCCGGCUUGCUCUUGCUACUAAUCUUGGGCGUGCUAUUCUUGAAGAGCAAUGACAUUUUGUGCAAUUCUACUCUAUUCAUCCAUGUGACAGCUUUCCCAUUGCUCUGGGAAUUUGACAUGAAAUUCUUCACAAAGAUCAGCCAGGAUCAUUGUAGAGUAUUUGCACUCAAAGAGAGAGGUGUCCCAGAUUUUCAGCUCUCAGAUGUGGCUGUAUCUCACACUCCUCUUAUCCUCAGUUUGAAGUCAUCAUGCAAGCGAACAGAUAUCUAUGGAAAUGUGAGUAUGUAUAUGACUCUGAAUCAACUUUUUAGUGGUUCAUCAGAACUUUUUUUUUGUUGUAACCUCUUAUCACUAUGUAGAUACCUCUACACUCUACAGGCUCUACUACACUGUUCUAAGGGAUGACAAGAUUAGCGCUUAGUAAGAGAUGUAACAACAGUAGAACUUGGUAAGAUAUGUAAUAUGUCGUAGUUGGCAUCUUCAGCUAGGUUGAUCUGCAGACGCUGCAAAGUAAAAGACCAUAGUGACUGAACUGUUUUUGACAGCAUAGGAAAAAACAGCCUGAGUAUUUACUCGAAGCAUUAUUCAUGUGAUGUUUCGGAGUUUCCCAUAGCAUCUGUUGUAUUUUUCGGCUUGAAAGGAAUUUGCCUUGUAUUUAAAUUCUAGCUUGAA